UGUUUGAGUUCAACCGUUGUAUAUGUUGACGGAAGUUCACGAGCUACUUAUAUAUGUUAUUUCACCAUAUUUUGCGCAACAUCGUUUAAUAAUGUAACAUUUAUCCACCGGAUAUGUACAAGUACUGUAUGCCGUUUAGUUUGACCCGCCAAUGAUGAAUCGCGAGCUUAGCUUUUAACUGGUUGCUAUGGCGACGGAAUGGCGGCGCUCAAUAAGCUCGACGCUUUGCGAAAGAAGAACAGAGAUUUGUUGGAAAAACUCAAGAAACAAAGCGAAAAACUGCAUCAGAUGAUCAUCUCCGACUCUCAGGAGGAGGACAGAAAUCUGAGCUCUGUCUGCGAAUUAUUUACCGCGCCUUUAAAAGAGAAAAACGGAGAGCAGCCGCCGCUGGCUUCAGCUUCUACAGCGUGGAAAACUAUCCAAACAUCUGAUGAACAGCUUCCUGCAGAUUGUGAAAACCUCACACUGGACCAAUAUAAACUCAAACAUAGACAAAGUUCAGAAGUCACCGCCUACAGUACACUCGUGAAGGACAUGGGGAACGGUCGCUGGACAGAAAAGCCCAGAUCGGUGAGACUGAUGCUGCCCAGAUCAGCAGAUCUCACAGCGGACAGUGACCAGAGAGAAGCUGACAGUGCCUCGACUGCUGGACUACAGAUGGAGAUUACAUCAGAAAGACACUUGCAACCUUUGUUGGGCUAUGACUGGAUAGCAGGCCUCCUGGAUGCUGAGAGCUCUCUGGCUGAUCGUUCUGAGCAAUUUUUCAGUGAUCUCCACAGCUUCCGACAGGUUAACAGAGAUGAGUGCAUCCACAGCUUAUUAUCAGGACUUCCAUCUGUUGCUGAUCUCGCGUCUUCUACUCAUGAUAGCAGCGAGGUGCGUCCGCCUGCAGAUUCGCAUCAAUGCACUUUCUGCUACAGAGUAAACAGUCGAUUGUUUGCGGUUCCGCUGGACACACAUGGCGCCUGUCCAGUGUGCAAGAAGCCCAAAUCUGAACACCCUCAUACUGAAACAGAACCUGCUUUAAUCAGGGUCAGUAUACCUCGCUCAACCCUGCUACCAGCGCACAAAUACAAAGCCCAUCGCCGCAGCAGUUUUGAUCCAUCUGACAGCCUGGCUUUACCUUCUCACUGUUUGUCCGGCUGGUCCAAUCCCAUGCUGGCCUCGGGCUCUCAGAUGAUCAGUCUGGACCUGCGGAGCUCCAUGACAAAACCUGCAGCCACAGGAGGUUCAACAUCAUCCUGUUUUCACAAUAAACCGGAUUCUUCCUUGCCCAGUGGAGCAAGAGCCAUGCAUUCGGAUCAGUAUGAAAAUGUGUCUCGUUUACCUCGGUAUGACUUCCAGCAUUCAGAACCAAAGAGAGUUGAACCACACAGCCGCUCAAAUGCUCUUUGCUGAUGUUAUUGCAGAAGUUAUGUUUCAUAUGGAGCAACACAUGAUUAUUUGGAUUUACUGAAAUGAGUCCUUGUGUCAUGAAUGAUUGUUGUUUUGUAUCUGUGACAAUAAACAGGCUUUAAUCAGUGUGUGUAUGAAUCAUACACAUGCUGACUUCUGA